UUUUUUUUUUUCUUCUGCAGACCGAUCAUGUAGCAACGUCUUUCCCUCGACGCAACGAUGGUGCUCUCACUACCUGUCCCUAGCUUUAGAUCCUCGACCACCUCCCCCCCGCUUCCUGCGGGCGACAACCAUCAAUCCGCCACCAUCACCGAAGCCUUGCGCAAUAAUCCGUUCGGAAUAACCUUACGAUCUCGCUCUGCCACCGCGGCCACAGCUUCCCCCGCCCCCGACAAGACGCAAGACCAAAAAGAGCUCAACGAUGCGCUGGAAACGUUGGCUCGAAUAUUCCCCGACGUGAAGAUCGAAGUGUUUCGGGAACUUCUGGUGCGGUUCGACGGGCUCAGUCGGCUGCAGGUGUGUGUGGAACAACUGCUGCGUCAUAAAGAGGAAUGGGUAGCAGGGCGAUGGAAUGUGCCGACGGCGUCUGCGGGGAGCGGGGAUGAUGCCGUCGUUCCUUCCCCCCUGGACGCGGGCGGCGAGGAGGGAGGAGUUCCUCGUAACGAGCUGUUCCGAACAGACGAAUACAAAGCAUCUGUGAAAUCCGCCCUGUCCAAGGAAUUCAGCAGCCUCAGCAAGAGCGCCGUGGACGCGGUGCUGGCCGAAGUGAACUUCUGCUACAUUCGAGCGCGACCGACUCUACGUGACCUGGCGAGCAAGACCUGGCGAGCGACUUUCAACAGCAUGUUUCCGUUCAAAAACAAGAAAGACAAGCAAGAUCAUCCUCUCGUUCUCUGGAAGCGCCAGCCCGACGGUGAACUGGGCCCUAUUCUUAAAGACACCGGGUGCGGGGAGCUGAAUCGAGAAUUACAUGAAGCAUUGGUAGCACCCAUGCUCCGAACAAGACGCGAGGAACGGGAAGCUAGAGAUCUUUCCCUGGCGGAGAAACUGAAUGAACUCGAAGCUACGGCCGCGAAUGCGAUUUACGAAUGCGAAUGCUGUUUGAUGGAGGUUACUUUCGAGCGCAUUUCGACCUGUUCGGACAAUUCGCAUGUUAUCUGCUAUGGCUGCAUCCAGCGUACGGUGCAGGAAGCUGUAUUUGGUCAGGGCUGGAGUAAAUCCGUGGAUGUUGGAAGGGCGACCCUGAAAUGCAUCGCACCAUUUGGCCAUGAGGCUUGCCAUGGGAACCUGAAUUCGGAGAUUGUCAAGCGAGCCGUCUUCCUAGAUAAGGCGGGAUCCGAGACCUACCUCAAAUUCGAAGGUCGGCUUGCCUCGGAGGCUCUUCUCAAGUCCCAGUUGAAAUUAAUCCGCUGCCCCUGUUGCUCGUACGCUGAAGUUGACUCCGCCUACCAUUGCCCCCCCGAAGGAAUUAAAUGGCACUUUCGCCGUCAGAAUGUCGGCGAUACGAUCAUUUUGAUUCUAAUAUUACUCGAUUUGAUACCACUGCUCCUGAUACCAGUGCUGGUCCUGUUCUUGAUCGACCCUGCCCUUGUUCCCAUGAUCCUACGCAAUGCUGUGCUCAGCUUGUGCUUGAAAGCUCGCCGCAAGACGUUCAACUGCUCAAACCCGGCCUGUCGACGGAUCAGCUGCAUCGACUGCCAGAAGCCCUGGCGUGAUCCGCAUGUUUGCCACGAACCAUUAUUACUCGACUUGCGCGCCACCGUGGAGGCUGCUCGGACAGCUGCGGUGAAGCGUACCUGCCCUCGAUGUGGACUGUCAUUCGUCAAAUCUUCGGGCUGCAACAAACUGACUUGCGUGUGUGGCUAUUCGAUGUGCUAUCUUUGUCGUAAGGGCCUGAGCCCUCCAUUGAAUGCCGCAGACCGGCGAGGUCGUGCUCGACGGCGUCGGGAGGGAGGGAUGUUCAACCAGGAAAAUAUCUUCCCCGUAGGAAGAGCAUUGCCGAUGCUUGAAGCGGAGAAUGAAGAACCAGAUUCGGAUGAGGACGAAUCCGAAAUACUUGAAGGAUAUCGACAUUUCUGUGAACAUUUCCGCCUGACCCCGGGAUCUCGGUGCUCGGAAUGCACAAAAUGCGAACUAUACCAAGACGUGGACGAAGAAGCCGUGGCACGCCGUGCUGGUGAGAAAGCGGAGCGCGAAUGGAAUAUGCGACAAGGCACCUCCGAGGCCGGCGUCGGUGCGUUGCACGUCAACAAUGACUUUUCAAUGAUAGAAGGCAAGGGCCGAGGUCGAAAACUGCACGGCAAGGGUUGCAGCUACUGGCUGAAUGAAGUGUGGCUCGAAGGGCGAUGGAAGACUGAAGGGCAGGCUUUUGUCAACUGGCUCGUGGAGCAAACAAUUGUUAUCGAAGACAUUUGAGAUUUCUUCGUUAGAACCUCUCAAUAUCGUGUGGGUUUCUGUUUCUGCUUUUAGCUUUUGGGACACUCUUGAUUCUGAUUUCCCCACUCAGCUCUUUUGCUCAUGUUUUAUCAUAGUAUUGGCGUUGCUUGGUGGCCGGGGUAAACAAAAGGGUUUUGGAUGUUUUUCUACUUUCUUUUUUGGGUUGACUUGGGAUCAACAUUGACGAUGUGAUGAGAUACGACAUUCCUUUCUAUAAUGACCUGGCUUCAGCUCUGAAUUAAUAUGAUCAGUUUAUUGCUUCC